AUGUCUUCGUGGCCUGAAGCUGCUGGGGGCAGAAACGGACACGAGGCGCUCGUGACAAAUACUGAACCGUCUAUAACGCGACAUAGUUUGCAACUAAAUUCUGAGGAAAAUGGGACUCAAUUGGGUGGCACGAAUCCUGGCUUUAUGUCCACAAAUAACCAAAAAGUGUCCUUGUCAACGGCAGGUAUCCGAGCGCUUAUUUACCAGCUUCAAACUCUUUAUAUGAGAACUCCAGUCAAACUUUUCAGGCCAUCUCGUUUCGACUAUAUGGCCUAUGUUAGACAAGUGGCCGAUAAGCACGAUAAUAUAUCCCAAAAACCAUAUCGUUUCAGGACCCAUUCCACCAUAGGAAUGCUAGUUAAUGUGGUUCGAAAAGAAGGUUGGAAGUUCAUUCCCGACCAAGUGCUUCCUCCUCUUUUAGCAAAUUCCGCUACUGGUCUUAUUCUCUAUGGAACAUAUUUGACGGCCCUAGAUUCGUUUGCCGAUAAAAGUCAGAAACCCACUUCACAAUUCACUGCUUUAGAUACGUGGAGAGCCGGGUUCAUAGCUGGUGCUGCCCAAUCUCUUGCUGCUGCCCCGGUGGACGCUAUUUACGCCCGACUGUCGGCCGCAGAAAUGCUCAAUGGAUCUCAUCAAAACUUGUGGCAGUAUGGGCUUUUCAAACUACGAGAAGUUGGUCUUGUGGGAGUGUUUGCUGGCUACGGGUUCUCACUCGUAAAAGAGAGUAUUGGUUUUGCAUUUUACUUUUCCACCUUCGAAGUGGUCAAGACUCAAGGUUACAAUUUAACCUAUAGAAUGAUUUCAAAUUAUAGACGAACGAAGCAGUAUCUCAGCAGCAGGCUCUCGUUUUUUACAGGAGGAGAACAAAAGGAAAUUGACGAAGACCUCGUCAGACUCGAACGUACUAGGCUGACGAAAAUCCUCAAGUCUUCUUUUGUGCUUUUAGCUGGAGCAUCGGCAGCAUUUUCCCUUUUGGCUGUCCAGUAUCCCUUAAGCAAGAUCCAAAGUGUACAUCUAUCACGUUUGGAGGCUCUCGACGUCUACAAUGCCUCACGAAAAUCUAAUCGACCAUUCAUAACCCUCUACUACAACUCAUAUAUCGAUACCUAUCAUCAGGUGGUCAAGAUAAAGAAAAAGUCCAAAAUGACGUGGAUGCAGCUUGGAUACCGAGGAUUCAUUCGCAAUGCAUUAACCACUAUACCUGCUACCUCGGUGGGUCUUCUCGUAUUUGAGAUAAUGCGAACUAAAUUGGGUGACGAUAUGAUGGUACUUGGCCCCGAGUGA